AUGUGCAUACAGACCUAUAUCAAGUGGAAAAUGUGCAACUGCAUCCAUUUCGGACGGAUCCACCGCUGCGAAGAAUUCGGCCUACCGUUCUUCCAACGAGAGCGCUGUAUAGAACAUGCCCUACGGGUACUCAAUAUUGGGGCUAUUGGAAUUCCCGAAGACAGAUUCCAGGAAAAGGAGGGGAUGUGCUCGGAGUGCGCGAAGGAUUUGUAUCGGGAGAUGCGGUUGCUGCGUUGGGAAUGGGCGUCCCGUGAGAGUGAAGAGUGGGUUGCGGAGCAGAAGCAGAAGCAAUAG